AUGAGCGACAUUCAGAUCUACCUCCUGGAGGUGGAUAAGAACAAGCCCGAGGCACAUCGCAUCGCCUCUCAGAGCGCGGCUAAACUGGAGACGAAGCAGUUGAGACUCAUCGACCUCAUCACCAGCUUGGAAGAGUACAUCAACAACAAGGACGAUGGCAGCAUUCGCGCCAAGGCGGUCGCGUACAUUGCCGAUGUUUUGGAAAGACUUCCUCCCCGACUUCUCUCCGGGCAGGAGAGGCGACUGCUGUGCGACUUCAUUCUCGGACGGAUCGAGGGCGAUCUAGAAGGCGUUGGGGCAUCGGCAAGAGCACUGCUCGCUCUCGAGGAACGUGGCAAAUGGGACUCCGAGACGGCGCAGAGGGUGGUGCGUACCUUCAUGGAGCACACGCAUCCGCUCCGGCAGUUCAAAUUACAGACUGAGCGUUAUCCUGUCAUCCAGCUUGUGGACCGAUUGCUGGCAAAAUACAGGACGGCGAUCAAGCAACUGCAUGAGGACGAUCGACGGUUCAUGGAUGGCUUCGUAUCGUACUUUGAAGGAGAGAAAGACCCGCGAAACCUGAUGAUUGUGUUCUCAUUGCUACAGGUCCCUAUGGCAGAGUGGGAUGUCCAGGGGAAUGCCCAGGAUAUGUUCGAGGCCGUCUUCAAUUAUUUCCCAAUCACCUUCAAGCCACCUCCUGACGACCCGUACGGAAUCACAGCGCAGGAUCUCAAGGAUAGACUACGGAACUGCAUUGCGGCCAAUUCGGAUUUCGCUCCAUAUGCAUUUCCUGCUCUUUUGGACAAGCUUGAUUCGACAUCUAUGAACACAAAGCGGGAUGUUCUCACAACGAUCCAGGCUUGUGUCGAAGGCUACGGCCCAAACACAAUCAAUCUGUAUUCCGUCACUCUGUGGGAUGCUUUGAAGUUUGAGGUGCUGAAUGUACAAGAAGAAGACCUUGCGCAAGAGGCGCUCAACGCCCUCGCUGCUAUUGCGGGCAAGUUUUCCAACGCUGAAGGCCCGUUGAACUCUUACAUUCGACCAAUAGUCAAGGAGUGCAACGAGCAUCUGGAAGACGCGCCCACGAAACAGUCACAAGCUGCUGCUCGUAUACUGUAUUCGAUAUCGAAGGCCGGACCGUUGGUUGCUGACAAGUUGGCCAAGGGCAUCUUUCCGGUCUUGUUCGAUCUCUAUCAGUCCUCCGAAUCUAUUGCCAAGCGAAGAGGAUUGCUGGAGGUUUACAAUCAGAUUGUAAAAGCCUAUCUGGACGCUCAAGAGGUAGGGUUUGAGUUCGAUCCUGAGGCAAUCAAGUCUUUUGCAGAGCAGGCUUUGGACGCGACGAUACGCGCGGUGGUACAGGCGCCUAAAGCAGAAGUUUCCUUCCGAUUGACCGCUUUGAAUGGCCUCUCGCUACUAGUCGGUGUUCGCAAGGUCUUGUCAGAAGUGCAAAUUGCUCGAACAAUCGACGCUGUGGAUGAGAUCAUACUCCAUGAGCGGAUAGAGGGACACGGGGAUAUCAGCACAGAGGCUAUCAAGACUCUGAUUCAGAUGGCACAUUCCGUACCGGAGGCAAUACGGCUACAGGCUGUUCCAGCUUUCAUGGUUGAACUACCCGACGUUCCAAUGGAUCGAGAUGGCCAUGGGCAAGUUCUUGAAGCCUUCGCGCAAUUGAGCAAGGAGCAGCAGGUCUUUGACACCAUAGUACUUCGCCUCAAAAGCAAGCUAAGCUCAGCGAGACAGCAAGGCGCGUCCAAGGACUAUCAACAUGCCCUGCUCCUUGCAAUACUGUACGCCUUCUCCCAAGGCGCACCACUGCGGGAUGAGGAAGGAAUAGUGCGGAGUGGCUACUUUUCAGAGUAUGCGGAGCCCUUGAUUGUUCAUCUGCAUAACAGUCUGCCUUCCGAACGAGAUGAUUUUGCUUCAGAGGUUAUUGGGCGUAUUACGAACUUCAUAUUACGGCAGCAAACGCCACACUUUCAAAGCACGGUAUACAACAGGAACCUCGAAUGGCUGUCUCCUGGAACUACAAGCAGAAGUGGUUUGAACGAUCAAGUCCGGAUCCUGGCACCAUUCUCACUCUACUAUUACGCUGCAUUCCGACCGGAAAUUGCAGAUGCUGCGAAUAUCGUGUCAAUGCUACGGGCUCAGGCAAACUACCUUCUCAGCCCAGAGCAAGACCUCGUCGGCACAAGCGUCGUUUCAAGGCACCUUUCCCUCUUUAUCAACAAGUUCCUGGAGCCAAAGGCAAUGCAGACUUCUUUGGAGCAGGCCGGAAUCGAAGUGGAAAGCUUACUGGCCCAUGAUCUUUCCAUUCAAAAGAUCUCCGUGGCAUUCGCCGUGGUGAAAGCCCUCCUCGUGCAAGGCAGAUGCGGCGCUCUCACGACAAAAUACCUCAAAGUCCUCCUCCAGACUCUCACCAAGGCAGACAAACCCUUUGCCAGACGCUUCGUCACUCUCCUCGCACCCGACGACAUUCUCGCAAAGGGGAACCACUGUCUCAUCUCCGGCCUCUACAAACAAAAGACAUUCAGUCAGACCGUCCCUCCCCUCAUCGAAUCCGUCCGUACCGCCGACCCGCAAACGAAACCAAACUACCUCAUCGCGCUCUCCGGCAUCCUCCGCUGGCUCCCUUACUCCAUCCUCAAACCCUUCCUGGCAUCGCUCAUCCCCUCCCUCCUGCAGAGCCUCGAUCUCCACGACCCCGCAGACCAGGAAGUGAAAUUCUCCACGCUGACAAUCUUUGAAUCCCUGCUCAUGCACGACCCGUCGAUCGCGAGUGAACAUACCGCUUCGCUCGUUACCCGGUUGCUCAAUGCGACUUCGACUUCGACGCCGGGCAAUCCCGCCAGGGUGCGCGCGAAGGCGUUGCAGUGUUUGGCGUUGGUUCCUCGCCAGUUGAAGCGCGAGGCGGUCGUGCCGUAUCGAAGGCCGGUGGUCAAGAAGUUACUGGGCUGCUUGGAUGACGCGCGGAGAAAUGUCAGGGCGGAAGCAGUACGGUGCCGAAGUGCGUGGUUGGGGCUGGAGGAAGGGACAGAAGAGGAGGAAUAG